AUGCCUCGACGCCUCGAGCACCAGGCACCGUUGCAUUGGUGCAAGCCGAGUAGAAACCCGCUUCAGAAGAACGUGUGCAGCGCCAUCAAGUCGCAACAUGCGUGCGGUAGCUGCUGGGCGUUUGCGUCGGCGACCGCCAUCGAGUCGUCGGCGGCGAUGCACGCAACAUUUGUGCCCAAGCUCUCGGUCCAAGAGCUCUUAGACUGCAGUCGCGGCAACAUCUCGGCGGCGAUGGACUAUUGCUGGCUCACGCCCGACCGCUCGGCGGCCGCGCCGUGGCUCGUUCGUCGUCUCGUUUGGCACGCGCGCAACGAUGGCUGCGCCGGCGGCAUGCCGUUUGGCGCCUUUGAUUACGCCAAGACGCACGGGAUCUCGACCGAGCUUUAUCGACCGUACACCGACGCUGCCAAAACCAACAGUUCCGACAUCAACGCAGCCAACGGCAACAGUAGCAGCGUCAAGACGGCUGUUGUCAAGGUGAAAAGUUGGUCGCAAGCCAUGGGCCGCGAUUGCAACACAAGUACCGACCCCAUCGUUUUGCUUCAAACGGCGUUGCAGAAGCAGCCGUUGGCCGUCAUCAUCGUCUCGUCGGGCGACUUUGAGGCGUACAAGGGCGGCAUCUACGUGUGCCCCAACAACGGAACGAUCAAGUCGUCAAAAACCGUCGACCACGCCCUCCUCCUCGUCGGCUACGACUACGACCCGGACCUUGGUUUGUACUGGAUUUUGCAGAACUCGUACGGUAUGGAUUGGGGCGAGGCCGGCUACAUGCGCCUUCUCGCCGACGACAAGCUCAACUGCGGCCUGAAUCUGAUGCCAUUGGCCGUCAUCACGGACGCGAUGCAGGUCGACGCCGAGCGCGUCGAUGGAAACGGUGUCGUUUGGAACUUUCUGGGCCUCGAUGCCGCGGCCUGGGUCGCGUCACUGGUCGCGGUAAUCGUCCUCACGCUGCUAGCGACCAUCGGCGGUGUAAUUCGGUCCCGGCGUGUGCCUCACAAAAGUUUAGGCGAGCACUUGGUGUUGUGA